AUGGAGGGAGAGCCCUACUAUCAUUUCAAGCACCGCGGCACCAGGCAGAAAGCCUUGAGCAGGCACUGGGGCUGGAAUAUGCGCCUGGCAAAAGAGCCAAAGGUCCUCUGGUUUGAGCAGCAAACGGUAAAGAGGCGCACGAAGAGAAGCGUCAGCGUGGUGCCGACAGAUCCCUGGUUCCAUAAACAGUGGUACAUGAACAAUGGCAUCAAUCCCGACCUGAACAUCCUCACUGCUUGGAGUAAAGGGUACAGCGGGCUGGGGGUGGUGCUGACCGUCCUGGAUGACGGGAUCGAGAAGGACCAUCCGGACCUGUCUGCCAACUACGACCCCCUGGCAAGUUACGACUUCAACAGCAACGACCCCGAUCCCCAGCCCAGGUACGCCGCCGGGGACGAGAACCGGCACGGGACACGCUGUGCGGGAGAAGUGGCGGCUGCAGCCAACAACCGAAUCUGCGGAGCAGGCGUUGCGUACAAUGCCAGAGUUGGGGGUGUGCGGAUGCUGGACGGUCCCAUCACGGACGUGGUGGAGGCUCAGUCCCUCAGCCUGCGUCCCCAGCACAUCCACAUCUACAGCGCCAGCUGGGGCCCCGAGGAUGAUGGGAAGACCGUGGACGGGCCAGGCGUGCUGGCCGCGGAGGCCUUCUACAGGGGCGUCACCAAAGGACGGGGUGGCCUCGGCUCCAUCUUCAUCUGGGCCUCCGGCAACGGCGGGAUCAACUACGACAACGGCGCCCGCCGUCGCUCCCCCCCCCCGGGGGCCAGCGUCCUGGGGGGCGGCCGGAGGCCCUGGUACGGCGAGGGCUGCUCCGCCAUCCUCACCACCACCUACAGCAGCAGGACCACGAGCGAGGUGCAGAUCGUGACCACCGACCUGCACCACCGCUGCACCGACAAGCACACGGGCACCUCCGCCUCGGCCCCGCUGGCCGCGGGAAUGAUCGCCCUCGCGCUGGAGGCCAACCCAGCACUGACCUGGCGCGACCUGCAGCAUCUCGUCAUCAGGACCUCCAAGCCUGCUCACCUGCAGACAGAAGACUGGGCCGUGAACGGGGUCUGCUUUUCAGUGAGCCACCACUACGGCUACGGGCUCCUGGACGCCGGUCUGCUGGUGGAGAUGGCCAAGGCGUGGACAGGAACUCGGCCUCAGCGAAGAUGCUCGGUCAAGGCUCUUCACGCCCCCCGGAACAUCGGCCCCGAGCUCACCGUCUCUACAGACAUCUCCUCCUGCUCGGGGAGGACCAAGCGCAUCCGCUCGCUGGAGCACGUCCAGGUCCGGCUCUCUCUGAGCUACAGCCGCAGGGGGGACCUGGUGAUCGCUCUGACCAGCCCGAUGGGGACCACGUCCACACUGCUGGCCGUGCGCCCAUACGACACCAGCCAGCAGGGCUACGAGGACUGGACCUUCAUGUCCACACACUUCUGGGACGAGAACCCCAACGGGACCUGGACGCUCCGGCUAGAGAACAAGGGCGAUGCCUAUAACACAGGUCUGCUGACCAGCUUCACCCUGCACCUCCACGGCACAGACGAGGACAUGACGGCCUGCUGCCCCGGCAGGAACGUCCGAGGGGCUCAGGGCAGGACGUUCCAGUAA